AUGGGAGCUUUACAUUCUAUUGGUAAGGGGAAGAAGAGCAGACAAUGGACAUCGUGCCUUCAUUUCUACACUGGCGACGGUGAAUGGAAACCCCUUCAGGAACACGAAAUUAUCGCGUACUUUCGAGACGAAUUGGACGCUGGAGAGGAGUUCAUCGUCUUCUCGGAGAUCCGCAAAUAUAACGUGGGAUGCUGGCUAUUCGGAUUGUGUGGAUAUUGGCAUGAAUAUACGCUGGUAAAGACAACCAAUUGGCACUGGAGCUUCGAGAAGAUGGAACAGGGCAUCUUCGUGCAGAGGAGCAAGAGCAGAGAUCAGGUGCGCUGCUACUUUGGUGGUAAAAGACGUAAGCCGGAUAGGACGGAGGGAAGAUCUUCUCUGGUCUCGUUCGGUGAAAACAUUCUCGAUGUCGUGGGAUGGAUUAUCGACAGAAACGAGCUGCGCAACGCGUAUCGCUCUAUCGUUAGCAGUCACCACUUUGCCUCUCUUCUCUAUGAAGCGAUCACACGAACUAAGGAAAAUCGAAGGCUCGACAACACCGAG